CCCGCCGCCAGCUGCUGCGCGAAGUAGCCUUCCCACGCGCUCAGCCCUCGUCCCUACCACCCCCACCCAAUCCAUUCCGCUCUCCCAGGAUCGGGUCGGGCCAGCCUGCAGGAGAGAGGGGCGCCGGGCUCGGCCUGGGUGGAGAGGACGCCUCUGUGCCCGCCUGAUCCUGCGCGGUCCCAGGCAGCACAGGCUCAGCGCCCGAGGGGACAGUUCCUCCUCUGUCCCCCUCUCCCCCCGCUCUGCCUGACUUCGCGCCGACGCAGACCCACACCUCAGCAGGGCCCUCGAGACGGUUUCACCCCAUUUUCCUUUACCUCUGAGUUUCACGUCUGUCUAAGGAAUUCGUUUUUGCAUUUGUGGUGUCUAAUUAUACGGCCGAAGUGGCAGCUCACGCAGAGGCCCAGGGGAAACUGUGGUGGCAGAACGGCGUCCUGGGGCAGCCCCAGCACGUCCAAGCCUCGACCUUAGGGACGGUCUCAAACGGGGACAGGUGGCACCCCACCACAGUGGGACGUGGAAUGCCCUCUAAGGAACCAGUCCCUGAGAACUCGUUUUGAACUCGGAGCGCCAACGGGCAGACUUAGGUCCUGCAUCCUGCCCUGAGAGCCGCGUUGCUCCUUAUCUGGCAGCCUAAGCCUCGCGAAGGCCAAGGACGAGGGGUCUUGCUGCGACCCCAGCACCCUUGUUUCUGAACUAGACAAGACCAUGGACAGCCGCUGUGCCCGAGGAGCCUGCUCUCCCAUGUGAACCCGGCCUCCAUCGAGAGGAAGGCAAAUUCGUUUUCCCCAGACCUAGGAGCCGGUGUGGUUCCGCCCCCAGCAGCCCCGCGCUGAGCUGGAGGCGCUGCCCCGCCUAACCGCCGGGCUCAAGUUUCGACCCCGGGAUUAGGUGAACUGAUUGGGGGUUAAUGAGAGCUGCGCCGCUGCUAGCUCCCUCUCAGGCCCCCGCCUGGACCCCCGCGCCCUGGCCGCCGCGGAGCACCUUGCGCUCUCCCGCUCCGCUAAACUGUGGGUUCUCCUCGGACUCCAGACCGCGCGCCGUUCAGAGCCGGCGUGCGCGAAUCGGGCUCGACUUCCCCCAAAGAAGGUUUUCGGUCUGCGGAGAGCUGGGGCUGCGCAAGCCCUCAGGGUAACAGUGGGCUGACUGCCACUUCAGGGAGCGGAGUGGAGAGCGCGCCCGACCACCAUGCCGCGUUCGUUCCUCGUCAAGAGCAAGAAGGCUCACAGUUACCACCAGCCGCGCUCCCCGGGACCCGACUAUUCCCUCCGCCUGGAGAAUGUCCUGGCGCCAGGCGGAGCAGGCAGCGCCUCGAGCGCAGGCGGGGCGAAGACGGAGCCCCGGGGUCGUCUGUCCCCCGAGUCACAGUUCACUGAGGCCCCAGAGAGAUCCUCCGUAUCCCCCGGCAGCUGUGAGGGCAGCGUCUGCGACCGAAGCUCAGAGUUUGAGGAUUUCUGGAGGCCUCCAUCGCCUUCUGUGUCUCCAGCCUCGGAGAAGUCGGCGUGCCCGUCGCUGGACGAAGCCCAGCCCUUCCCCCUGCCCUUCAAGCCGUACUCCUGGAGCGGUCUGGCGGGUUCUGACCUGCGGCACUUGGUGCACAGCUACCGGCCGUGCGCCGCCCUAGAGCGCGGGGCCGGCCUGGGCCUUUUCUGCGAGCGCGCCCCGGAGCCAGGCCACCCGGCGGCGCUCUACGGCCCAGAGCGGGCUGCGGGCGGCGCGGGGGCCGGGGCGCCUGGGGCAGGCAGCGCAGGAAGCGGCGCUGCGGGCGGCGCGGGCCUGGGGCUGUACGGCGACUUCGGGCCCGCGGCGGCAGGGCUGUACGAGCGGCCGACGGCGGCGGCAGGAGGGCUGUACUCGGAGCGCGGCCACGGGCUGCACGCGGACAAGGGUGCUGGCGUCAAGGUGGAGUCAGAACUGCUGUGCACCCGCCUGCUGCUGGGCGGCGGCUCCUACAAGUGCAUCAAGUGCAGCAAGGUGUUCUCCACGCCGCACGGGCUCGAGGUGCACGUGCGCAGGUCCCACAGCGGCACGAGACCCUUUGCAUGCGAGAUGUGCGGCAAGACCUUCGGGCACGCGGUGAGCCUGGAGCAGCAUAAAGCCGUGCACUCGCAGGAACGCAGCUUUGACUGUAAGAUCUGUGGCAAGAGCUUCAAGAGGUCAUCUACGUUGUCCACACACUUGCUCAUCCACUCAGACACCCGACCCUACCCUUGUCAGUACUGUGGCAAGAGGUUCCACCAGAAGUCAGACAUGAAAAAACACACCUUCAUUCACACUGGUGAAAAGCCCCACAAAUGCCAGGUGUGUGGGAAGGCGUUCAGCCAGAGCUCCAACCUCAUCACCCACAGCCGUAAGCACACAGGUUUCAAGCCUUUUGGCUGUGACCUGUGUGGGAAGGGCUUCCAGAGGAAGGUGGACCUCAGGCGGCACCGGGAAACCCAGCAUGGGCUCAAAUGAGGGCCCUGGCUGGUUGCAAGCAGCAGUUACACAACACUACGGAGGGCAGCCUCCCCACUUGCCACCGUCCACGUCUGACUUCCCAGGCCCUCCAGUCCAGUCCAGAGCUCCCAGCAGGGUGAGCCCCUUCACCUCACUUCCGGGAACUGCAAGAAGGGAUAAGUUACCUUUUCAAAGUUCAGCCCAGAGGGGGAACCAAAUGACUGACUGGGCUUUGGACAUGUUGAAUAGGCUCCUGGACACCUCAGGCCUCGAGGUUAAGAGGGGAUCAGCUAAAAUUUCGGGCCCUGAAGUUCUUCCCAUUCCCAGCCCUGCUCCACAGACAGGAAAGUUCUUUGAGUUUUUUCCCUCCUCUUGCCCCACCCCAGAUACUUGUGUGGAGGAGAAGUCAUCAUUUACAAGGUGGACACGUGCUAAUGCUUUUACCUAGAAUGAAAAAUGAGUGUUAUUUUUUUCUUUCUUUCUGGGGAGUCUGUUAACCCCUUUCUACUGGGUGCUGCCUGUCAAUCUUGGAGGCAUCAAUUCUCCUACUCGAAGACUUGUUCCGGAAAUGAUGUGGGGAAGGAGCUUCAUACUUUUGAAAUUACAAAGUACCCUGGGCAGCCUGCAGCAGGCAGGAGCAGAAGAAACGUGGACUUGGUGAGGUGAGGAGAGGAGAGGAGAGUCCUCUCUGCAGGAGGCUUGUGAAGGCUCCAUCAUUGCAGGCGGAAGGACAGAACACGACCUCUGGACAAGAUCCUAUCUCCUCACCCAGCAGGUGUUUACCGACCACCAGGUACCAGGCCUGUGCUAGGCACUGGGGAGCCAGAGAUUAAAGUUACGGCUGUGCCCCUGCCCUCAGAAGCUAACAGUUGAACCCCCAAGUGACUGAACCUGUUUUUUUCCCUCCUAAGGAAUUCCAAGAAGACCAAACAAAAUCUUAACUCUUCUUUUCUGACAUGUUUGGAUUUUAUCAAACAUAAACAACAACAAAAUAGCUGAAGAGAUACUUCCAAGAUCCGUGUGUAUAUUCAGUUUUUUACUGUUAAGCUGAUAUUUUUAAGAUGUCUAAGCUAGCAGGCAUGUGGAGUGACCCUUCAUGUGUACUAUAGAGAAAAAAAGUGGUAUUUUUACUUUGAUGAGGUCUGUAAAUGUUUUUAGAUCUUCUGGAGUGCAUUAUGUUUGUUAAUACGUAUUUAUUAGAAUGACGUUUUAAGUUAAUAAAGUAUUAAGACUCUGA